AUGUCCCUGACAUCAACACCAACACCGCCUAAGAACGAACGACAUACGCGCCCUCUGAUAAUCCAACACCCGGAAAAAUACACUCUGAAGCUUCAGAGGACCAUCACAACGGCGCCGGUGCUGCGCGUGCCUUCUGCUGGCCCUCUUGGUUGUCUCUACCACUCCCGCUACCCGCCACCGACCAACCCAGCGUAUGACAGAUCCAGCGUCUGGCAGCGUGUCGACUUCCUCGACUCCAUCACCAGCGUGGCUGCCUUGGUCCUCUUCAAUUUCCCCUGGAACCAAGGUCUCGUUGUCGCCUGGCUGACACCUAACACGUACAUCAUUGUGAUAUCAGCAUAG